AUGGCGUCGGCAGAUUCCAUUCUGGAAACCAAACGCGCGGGUUUCGUGGGUUUGGGUCGACUCGGUCUGUGCACGGCGCUCACGUUCGAGCGCGCGGGCUGGGACAUCGUCGGUGCGGACGUGUUUCCAGCGUACGUCGAGAGCAUCAACGACAAGAGCCUGAAAUCAUCUGAGCCCGGCGUGGAGGAAGCUCUUCGAUCGUGUGAACGACUACGCGCGACGCUCAGUUUGAAAGAAGUCUUGGAUCACGCGGAUGUCAUAUUCAUUCUCGUCGCCACGCCGACUGGUGUCGGUGACAACGCGUACGACACGACGACGCUCAGCCGAGUUUUGUGGGACAUCUCCAAGUUAAAACCGAGGAACAAACACAUCGUCGUCUGCUGUACCGUUCUACCGGGUUACAUCGCGUCGACCGGUUCGUAUUUGCUUGAAGAUUGCGACGGGUGUACGCUGAGCUAUAACCCAGAGUUCAUCGCGCAGGGCGCCAUCAUGCGCGGGUUAGCGGAACCCGACGUCGUGCUCAUCGGCGAAGGAAACACUGAGAUCGGAGACGUUUUACAACGUUUAUACGAAACCACGACCUCGAACACGCCCCAAAUUUGUCGCAUGUCUCCACAAAGCGCCGAGAUUAUGAAGCUGAGCGUCAACUGUUUCGUAACCACAAAGAUUAGUUUUGCCAACAUGGUCGGCGACAUUGCCGACGCGACGCCGGGAGCGCGAAAGGAUGACAUUUUACGCGCCGUCGGAAGUGAUUCUCGCGUCGGACACAAGUGUAUACUUCCGGGUUAUGGGUUUGGAGGACCGUGUUUUCCCAGAGAUAACCGAGCGCUCGGCACGUACGCUCGAUUGGUCGGCAUCGAGCCGACGCUGUGCGACGCGACGGACAGAUACAACCGUCUACACGCCGAAAUCAUGGCGAAAACACUGCUCGAUCAAAAUCUAGAUCGAUACGUCAUAUCGGACGUCGCGUAUAAACCGGAUUGCCCGGUUGACAUUAUCGAAGAGUCCCAACCAAUCGAAGUGGCGAAGCGUCUGGUUCGCGCUGGCAAGCGCGUCACGAUUCGCGACAGAGCCACCAUCAUUCAACUGGUGAAACGCACGUACGGACGAAUGUUUGAGUACGAGAUUGCAAACGGUGAGUCCCGAGGUGACGACUCAAGCACGAGCGCGGCGAUGGGGAAUCCCCUCUCGAGCUAUUCGGCGUGA